GCGCCCCGGCAGUGGUUGUCCCGAUGCCGGAAGCGGCGGGGUUCCGGGCCGGCCGGGCGGCGAUGGCAGUGGGCCGGCAGCGGUGGCGCGGCUGGGCGGGAGCCGCCGCCUCCCGGUGCGGCGGCGCGGGCUGAGGGGAGCGGGCCGCCCGCCGCCGCCCUCCCGCUCCCUGCUUCUCCGCUGGAGGAAGGUGCAGAGCAUGGAGAAUGAUGAACUUCCGCCAGAGGAUGGGAUGGAUUGGUGUGGGGUUGUACUUGCUAGCAAGUGCUGCAGCUUUUUAUUAUGUCUUUGAAAUCAAUGAGACUUACAACAAACUAGCACUGGAGCACAUUCAGCAACAUCCCAAGGAACCACAGGAAGGAACCACAUGGACGCACUCCUUAAAAGUACGACUGCUAUCCUUGCCUUUUUGGCUGUGGACUAUAAUCUUUUUAAUACCAUAUUUACAGAUGUUCUUGUUCCUCUAUUCCUGUACGAGAGCUGACCCCAAAACUGUUGGCUAUUGCAUCAUUCCUAUCUGCUUGGCUGUUAUUUGCAAUCGUCAUCAAACAUUUGUGAAGGCCUCUAAUCAGAUCAGUAGAUUACAGCUGAUUGACACUUAAUUUCUAGUUUCCGUAGCCGUUUUGAAGCAAUUGCGUACGCCUGAUCUAAUCACGAGACUGAAGUUCUGAGUGAAGGCUGCAAAGAGCCUUUUCUUUCAAACUGUUAAGCAAUGAACAGUGACUGUUUUCUAUUUAAAAAAAAUAAUUACAAAAGUUUUUUAAAAUAUGGGUAUAUCCAAGUGACUUGAGUGGGAGAGCCCUGUGUGACACUUGAUGGAAAUAUUCCUCAUUUUGCCUUAAUGAUGCAAAAUUGCUACACUCCAUCUGAAACGUUCUGUGGGGAAAUAAGUUUCUGGUCCAUAACUUUACUCCUGUGCAAAAAAAAAAAAAAUGACUUCUUUUGUUUUCCCUUGGAGUAAAAUCAAUGAACAGAUGCUUCUUUUGUGAUAAAUGUAAAAGGACAAAAAAUCAAACUUGAUUAUAAAAGUUGCACUUAGCACAAUUCUUUGCUUUUUCUUUUAAGUAAUCCAUAUCUACAUCAGUGCUGGUUUUUAAGGAAUUUUAAAAAAAAUAAAUUUAGGAAAUACAGGAAGCAAAGAAUAAAGUAUGUGCAAAUCUUUAAAGAGAUAAAGGUACUUUUUGUCUGUGGCAUCAUAUUUUUUUUUUUUUUCCCCAGUGACCAGAAUACCACGCUGUAGCAGGCAGGCAGUGAGGGGUGGCACAGGCCCGGAGGCUGGUGCUUUACGCUUUUUCCCUAUGAUGUCAAAAGCAGCUUGUGCUGGCAUUGGGCUGUAGCAUGCACAAAAUGUGGUUCUUAAGUGUUGCCUUCUCCUACCUAUAGGAAUCUGCUUUGAUAAAAAGCGAUUGGAGUUUACUGCCAUUCAAAUUUCCACUCCAGACAUGUAAAAACAUGCUCUGUGAGCGCUGAUGAAUUAACAAAACUUCAAAUUUGGGAAAGUGAACUGAUAAUAGGUUGGGGGAUGCUCUAAGCCUGUUGUAAGACAGAUACUAUGUUUCUUCCAGAAAUUUGAGUGAGAUACAUUCUCCUUCCUGCAGUGAAUACAGUUUUUCCUCAGUCAUUCUGAAAUUCCACUGACAUUUCUUACCCUGGUUUCAGCCCGUUUUCCAGUGCUAUUUUGGUAUAUCAUUUAAUCCUAACUACCGGAUCAUGUAUUUUGAAUGAUGUCAAAUCUGUUCUUUCUUUUCUCCUUUUUUGUUUCAUAGUAUAACUACGUUUUUGAGCCAAUGUGAAAGUAACCUGAAUGUGAAAACAGUGCAAAAUACGGACUUGGAAAGUAGCAGGCCCUAAACGUUAUGAGCUAAACUUCUCAGUUACCGUUUUGAUUGUACGUGAUUGUCAGUACCGAAUCAUCACAGAUGCUAAUCCGCUUCUGACUACUGUAAGGGAAUCCUGGAGCCUAUCGGCUUUCUCCAGCUGUGGAAAGAACACUAUUUUCAGUGUUGUUAUGUUCAAGCAUGGUAGUUACAACACCUUAAACUUUCUGUUUGCAUUUGGAGAUAUUUCCAGGCUGUGGUUUCAAAUGCCAGCAUUGGUGCUAGGACCCGAAAACACAAUGUAGCCUUUACAAGAAGGUUUUAAGUUCUAAGUGCAAUAUGAAAAGGAGGAAGCUGCCAUCCUAAUAUGCUGGAGUAAGAAUAAAGUAUAAACUCUGACUUCUAGUAUCUUUUGGAGUCAGAGCUUUUAAGUUGUGUUGUUUCUUAACUCUAAAAAUCAUCAUCUUAUUUAUCUAUAAAAUAAAAACUUUUCAAUGUUUAUAAA